CGAAGAUUUUUGACUGUCACACGCAAAUUUUUUAUUUACCUUCUACCUACCGUCAACAUACUAUUUUGUUAAUACGUCUAUUUUACUAUGAGGGUUAAUUGUUUUAACAAAAUCAUAGAUAAUUUAAGUAUAACAAAAUUUAAGUAGGAACUUAAAUACAAAAAAUGUCGACAAGCAAAUCUUCAAAAGCUGAACUUGUGGCCAUAUACCGUUUGGAGUUUUAUAAAAAGCAAAAUAAUUGGAAACUGUCAUCAAACCGAAUUAAGCCACCAAAAAAAUAUGUUGAAAAGGAAAUUCUUAAUACUACAUACAAUGUCGAAGACAAGCAAGUAAUAGAUAAAAACGAUCCCUUGAAUGUCGCUUUUGUGGAAUCUGAUUGUGAUAAGAAUCAAAAAUUUACAUUUCCGAAGAGUCCCGAACUAUCACAGGAAUGGCAGGAACCGGUCAACAUAUGGCCAGAAAACAAUGUUACGGACACAAUAAAAACAGCAAAAACUAUACAGAGAUUGGCUAAUCUACAGAAAGCGGCCAGCUUAGCAGACUUAGAGGACAAAAAUGAUGUGUUCACACAAAAUCUGGCAACAUGUUCCGAAUGUCAGGAAAGUAGACAAGUCGAUGAAGCCUGUUGUCCUCAAGAGUUGAUACUGGGUUGGAAUGAUUGUGGAGAAUUUGAAGGCACCUGGCCGAUGGAAACCGCUGUGUUCAUAGGAUCAGGUCAUGUAGCACCAGAUGUACGCACAGAAGUUGAUAAUCCAUCCGUCCAUACGGAUGUAGUGGAUGGUUUACAAGAUAUUUGUACCAGCCAGUAUCCACCGUGGGCCCCAUCAGACCCGUUACAGCUGGCUAUGGACAUGGACUGGGACACGUCAGUGGACAGCGCCGGUGAGUUCAUGAGGGGUGCGGACAUGGCGCCACACUCAUCAGAGAUAGACCUCAGUCUGCCCAACUGUGUGAAGGCGUGUGACGUCAGCUUCACGUCGCUGUCUCGUCUCUCGUCUCAGCAGCUGCUGCAGGCGGCGCAGCAGCAUUCCAAGGUGCUGAAGAGGCUGCUGAUGGAGAGCGAGACAAGACAGAAACUAAGAAGCGCCCAAAGUUUAAUGAUGACUUCGAGUUACGAAGAGUUUCCUACCCGGGAUGUUGGUCCUAUCGGUCUAUGUGGUCAGGAUGUGUUCUUCAAAGAUGUGCUCAUUGCUGGAUCCCACAGGAACCUGGUCGGUUGUGGCAGGGGGAGGGGGAGACUGGCCAAUAACAGCUUCGGCUUGAAACCUUUUUCAAGAUAGUCUCUUUACUAUAGAUACAAACCAAAUUACUUCAAGUUCCUAAUUAGGUAUUAAAUUUCAAAAAGUGUUGCUAGUGCUAAGUUUACAUUGGUUUUACUAUGGGAAAUAUUUAGGCGUGUUUAUUAUUAUCUAGAAGAUAAAUCAGAAAUAUAUAUGAGUAUGUUAGAGUGAAAUGUGAAAUUGACCAAAGUACUUGUGAUAUGUGAUUGAUGGAAGACUGACAAAUAUUGUUACUCGUAAGGUAUAUCAGAGUUUAUGAUUUUGCAUGAGAAAAUUACUGUUAAUAUUCUUAUAAACCUCCCCUCCACCUGCCCUCUCCCCCCACCCCCACCCUAAAAACUCAAUACGUUUAAGCCACUUACUAUAGUCUGGCUAAUUUUGUUUUAUUUUUGUCCUAUUAUAACAUCUAGACAUGUGAAAA